AUGUGGAAAGCUGUCUGUUUGAAGCUGUUACAAGAGGGAAUUCUUCGACAACCACCACCUGUCUUGGUCUCUUGGGGAGGUAAUAUGCUCAAGGUCACAGGACAUAACCUUGUAGAAAAUUCUAGAGUUGUCCAAUUCUAUGCAGCAAGCUGCACUAUAGAGUUGGAGUUGUUAAUGGCCAUGAAGAGAAAAGGUGAUGCGGCUGACUUUGAUGUAUUUACUGAUCGCUCACAAGAUAUGCUCAGGCUCAUGAAAAGCCUCUUCAGAGCCAUGGAAAUUCCAGGAUGUGAGGAGAAUGAGCAACUGAUGCGAUGCAUUCAUCUGAUACUUGGGCUCGUUGAUUUCGGUGGUGACAUUAAUCAACUCUGCUUCAACAGUCUUCUCCAAAAAAGAACAUUCUUCCCGAGGAUGAUUCUGAAAAAUGGAAUCACAGAUGCGUCCUUGCCUUUGCUUGCUCAGCUUUUGGAGUUAGCCACCCCACCCAUCUCACCAAUCUACAUGGCUAUCUUUUCGCUGAUCCUCCAGCCUGAGACAUGGAAGCCAUGCUGCAACUUUGAAGAUCUUGUGCGUUUUCUGGAGCCUUUCUUACACAAGGCACCUGGUGAGGCAAGUGAUAAGCUGAGUCAAGUUCUGUGGUUAAUCGAAGAGUUGGCCUCAUCUCCUGUAACAAAAGAUCGUGGCUUCCAGUUGCUCACUGCCGUGUUUCAGCUUGACUACAUUGAAGAGCACCUCACUGAAGCAAACAAGACCUAUAUGGUGCAGCUUUACGCUCGUUACCAACAGUAA